AUGGUAGCGGAAUUAAACGAUAGACUACCCCAGGAGGGUACCAGCACCCCUGGAGAAUCCCUCGCUGAGCAUCCACGACCAUGUUUCUCCACUUCUGAGCGUGGGUGCUCAGGCUGCCCCGCGUAUUCUGGGGGGGGGGGCAAUAUUCCGCUCAAGACUAAAACUGCUCGGGGCAAACGGAGCAACAGGACCAAGGCGACCCCUGCCACGCUGUCCGUGAAUUUCUGCAAUAUCAGGGGACUUCACUCUAACCUAAACGCCGUCCACUACCAUCUCGAGACGGCGGGGCCGGCUCUGCUCUUUCUGACCGAGACGCAGGUGUCCUCUCCGGCUGAUGUCUCGUAUCUCUCCUGCCCGGGGUACAAAGUGGAACACUCCUUUGUGCCUCGGGCUGGAGUUUGCGUUUACGUCAGAGAUGACAUCUGUUCUCGACGCCUCGGCAGACUUGAAGGUUCGGACCUGUCCAUCCUUUGGCUACGCGUAGACAGCGACGACCAUCCGCGCGUCUACGGGUGCCUCUAUAGGUCCCAUAGCGGUAAUGCCGAAACAGACCGACUCUUCGACCACGUCCAAAUGGCUGCAGAUUCGUUGCUACAGCAGAUCCCCUCCGCAGAGGUCGUGAUCCUCGGCGACUUUAACGCCCAUCACGCCGAAUGGCUCGGUUCACGUUUAACCGAUCAUGCGGGGAGAUCUGUUCAUGAUUUUGCCUUGGCAUAUGGUCUGACACAACUGGUUACUUCGCCUACGCGGAUUCCAGAUGUGGAGGAUCAUGCACCUUCCCUGUUGGACCUUCUGCUGACCUCUCACCCGGACGGAUAUCAGAUUUCCGUCGACGCCCCUUUAGGCUCCUCGGACCAUUGUCUUGUCCGGUGUGUGGUGCCACUCACGCUGAAAUCGCGGUUGCAUUCUGCAGGCUGCCGCCGUGUUUGGCACUAUAGGUCAGCCGAUUGGGAUGGGAUGCGGUCUUUCUUUGCAUCCUACCCUUGGGGGCGGGUUUGCUUCUCGCCGGACGAUCCCAACGUUGUUGCGGAUUCUGUCGCUGAUGUGGUACUUCAGGUUAUGGAACUUUUUAUUCCUUCCUCUGUGGUGCCCAUUGGAGGCAAAUCUCAGCCAUGGUUUGGUCGCUCCUGUAAAAUAGCAUCAUGCUAUAAGCAGGAGUGCUACCGAGCCUGGGCUGACGCAUCAGCGUCCAGGGAUGUAAACACCAGCGCUCUAAAAAAGAAGUAUAAUUCCGCCUCUAGGUCCUUCAAAAGAGUCAUUGCCAAGGCAAAGUCAGAGCACAUAGGCAGAAUUGGCGAGAGACUAGUUCGUCUUCCUUCUGGAACCCGUGCAUUCUGGUCUCUCGCCAAGGCUGUUCAGGGGAAUUUCUGUCAGCCCUCUCUUCCAUCUCUGCACAGGGAGGACGACUCACUGGCCCACACCGCAAAGGAGAAAGCCGAUCUUCUAGGCUCUUUCUUUGCGUCUAACUCGACUCUCGAUGACGGGGGGAGUACGCCGCCGACCAUCCCGCGGUGUGAGUGCUCCAUGCCGGAAGUGCAGUUCACUCAGCGCUCGGUUCGCAAAGCACUCCUCUCCCUGGACAUCCAUAAGUCGAACGGCUUUCGUCCACCCGAUCCCUAA